GCGCUAAGGAAUAAUGACGGUUUAAUGUUCGGACGGCGACAUUUCAUAUCUGUCAAGCUGUCUUGCUCUACCGGCAAACACCUUGCACCGGUGCAAACAUCGAUGGCCUGCUAAUUGGCCAUCAUAAAGUUCGAGUCAAACUACCACAGCAAAACCUAAGCGGAUCGUCACGGAAAAAGUCUAAUUUGAAUCACCCAUUGCUAGCUAGGAUCGCCAGAUGAAUACCAUAGAACAAGGGUCUGGCAAUCGAACAGUCAGCUCUGGGCAGCCAGCUGGACCGCACAAACAAACGCGCCUCACAGACUUGUUGCGCAACGGACAUUGUAACGGGCUUAACAAAGCAUUUCCUCACGUACUGGAAGACGGAUCGCGUACAACUGAUUGCAUAACGCGUGGCACCAUUGGGCGCUUGAGUCCCUACAGAUGUUUGGCCUGAUGUUGCUGCGGCAGCCGGGCCGGUGUUCGGAUGCCGGCUACUCUUUUUAAGUUUACUUUUGCUUUUUCGUUUAGCUUGGCCGAACAAUCCACCAAAAACAAAGAGAAAAAAAAAAAAAAAAAAAAACGUGCCUAAUGAAAAGAAACCACGUACUGUCUAGGAUUGGGUUAGGUUGGACGCUAGCGAGGGGAUCGCUGCCUCCAUAUCACAACUCCCUUGAUAAAAAGUCGCACAGGUUACCUGCAAACAAUUGGAUUUUGUCGUUCAGGCAAUCCUCUGUCUUUCUCUGCCAGCAAGCCAGCCAGCCUCGACCAAGUCAAGUGGGUUAGUUUUCACGUUGAAUCCAUCGCGAUGGAUGUCAUUCAGCACAAGAAUGCCUCAUGGGGUCGCGCCCAUGAACGCAACACCUUCAAGCACCAGAUGAUGUCGGUGUUGUUCCUUUUGUUCUGCCCUCUCUGCGUCCUGGUCGCAAACGUCAUCAUGUGCGAGUACCAAGGCUCCAUCCUCUCGUUCCUCCAGGCGACCGCCAACGGCAGCAUAUACCGAUCGCUCACGGCGUACGACUUUCAAUUCGACCAGAGCGCCCUCACCGCCUACACCACCUGGGUGCUCUUCCAGGCCGCCCUGUUCCAGUACCUGCCGGGCAAGGACAGCUUGGGGCAGCAGACGCCCGGAGGAAACAUCCUCCCCUACCGCACCAAUGGCCUCCAGGCGUGGUUCGUCACCCACAUCGUCUUUGGCGUCCUCUGCUGGAUGGGCGUCGUCGACGCUGCCAUCGUCCCCAAGCUUUGGACCGGAUUGAUCUACGUGACCAACAUGGCCGGUGUGGCGUUGUCGAUUUUUGUGUUUUUCAAGGCCUACAUUGCACCGUCCUAUGUCCGUGAUCGGAAGUUUAGUGGAUCCAUGGUUUACGACUUCCAAAUGGGCAUUGAGCACAACCCCAGAAUUGGAGAGACUUUUGACCUGAAGCUUUUUACCAUUGGUAGAGUUGGAAUGAUGUCGUGGACGAUAAUCGAUAUUUCCAACGCCGCGUAUCAGUACCAGAAGUUCGGCAGCGUAUCGCUUUCAAUCAUCUGCGUGUCCCUGCUGCACGCCGUUUACGUCGUGGACUUUUUCGUCUACGAGGACUGGUACCUCCGCACCAUCGACAUUGCCCACGACCACUUUGGCUUCUACCUGGCCUGGGGCGCCACCGCCUGGAUGCCGGUCAUGUACACCCUGCAGGCGCAGUACCUAGGCCAGCACCAGACCGAUCCCUCCAUGGCCUACGUCGCCUUCACCUUUGCCGCGGGCCUGAUCGGCUACUACAUCUUCAGGACCAGCAACAACCACAAGGACCUGGUCCGCAGCACCGACGGCAGGUGCACCAUCUGGGGCGCCGCUCCCAAGUUCAUCCGCGCCAAGUACACCACCUCGGACGGCAAGCUGCACGAGAGCAUCCUGCUCUGCAGCGGAUGGUGGGGGUGGUCGCGCCACGCCAACUACGUCGGCGAUCUGAUCCUCAGCUUUGCCAUGUGCGCGCUCGUCGGCACCACCAGCGGCAUUGUGUGGUUCUACGGCGUGUACAUGGGCAUUCUGCUGAUCCACCGGUCGUACCGCUGCGACAAGCGCUGCCGCGACAAGUACGGCAAGCAGUGGGACGAGUACAUCCGGACCGUGCCGUACCGGUUCGUCCCGGGCAUCUGGUGAUUGGCUGUUGACGGGUUGACGGAGGAGCGAGCAGCACAGAUGGGGAAGUGCUGCACAAUUAUUCCUGAAGUCGAGCGUCGAACGUUCAAUUACGAACGAGAGAUGUACAGGAACAGCAGGCAAGAGCUUUUAGAACCCAACUAGGGCUCGGUGCUCGAAUACAUAAAUCAUAUAUGAAAUGGCUCCAAGAGCCCAAUAAAGGUGGAGAGGGAUUGCUGAUGAGAUUCAGGGUAGCAAAGUCGAGGCGUUACUGCUUGGUUUGAGCCAUAGCUUUUUUUUAACAAAUAAAUUCUCCUAUU